AUGGAAAAGCAAAAAGUAGACUAUUCGCUCUACCUCGUGACCGACUCUACAAAAGCCAUCCUUGGUUCUAGAGACCUGGUCGAUGUGGUAGAGCAAGCUUUGUCUGGAGGUGUCACCAUCGUCCAAUACAGGGAUAAGACUUCAGACACUGGCGUUCUCAUCUCAAUAGCAAAGAAAUUACAUGAAAAAUGCAAAGCACACGGCAUCCCCCUUGUCAUCAACGACCGCAUGGAUGUUGCCCUUGCCGUAGGAUGCGAAGGUGUACACCUUGGUCAAGAUGACAUGAACGUAGUCGAAGCCCGGCGCAUACUAGGUGACAGCAAGAUCAUCGGCGCAACUGUAUCCUCUAUCGAAGAAGCACGGAUAGCAGUUGAGCGAGGAGCAGACUACCUAGGCAUUGGUACUCUCUACGCCACAAACACCAAAAAGAACACCAAGGACAUUAUCGGCAUCACUGGCAUCCGUAAAAUCCUUAGAUACCUCGAUAACGGCACCAAAGCAGAAAAGAACGUCGGAACAGUAUGCAUAGGCGGCGUCAACGCCUCCAACGUCCAACGCAUCACCCACCAACUCCUCGCCCCAACCCCCCUCAACCGCAACCCCAAGACAAUUGAUGGCGUCGCCGUAGUAUCUGCCAUAAUCGGGUCCCCUUCCCCCAAAUCAGCAUCCCAACACCUUUCCCAGCUCCUCCACAGCCCACCCCCAUUCACCCUGCACUCCACGGCUCCCCAUUUCUGGCACGAAAACCCUGAAGAUGAGCUCUCCUCUAUCUUUCACAAGGCCCUGCAGUGUAAAAAAGCUGUGAAAUCGAAGACCCCCUUAUCCCACAACAUGACCAACCUCGUAGUCCAGAACUUUGCCGCAAACGUUGCCCUCGCCAUCGGAGCAUCGCCCAUCAUGGCAAACUACGGUCUCGAAGCCCCGGACCUUGCGCGCCUACAGGGCGGGCUGGUUGUGAACAUGGGUACCCGGCAUACAACGCAGCCGGCGGACCCAUCGUCUUCGAUCCCGUAG